AGAAAAUGCGAUCAGUACUGGCCAAGCUCCGCCGGCUCAUCGGAGACACACGGAAACUAUCAAGUCGGUCUUGUAAAAGAGAUUCCGAAUACUUAUUUUGUGCAUCGAAUACUCAGUUUACGCGUCGUGAAAUUUGUUCCACCGGCAGAGCGUCGAAUACAUCAGUUACACUUUAAAGGAUGGCCCGACCAUGGAGUGCCCGAUACUGUGUUCCCGCUUCUCACAUUUAUGCACUAUGUGGCCGAGAUACAUUCCACAGGACCAAUUGUUGUUCAUUGCAGUGCUGGUGUUGGACGAUCCGGUUCCUUUAUCUUGAUGGAUAGUAUGAGACGUCAUCUGAUCAAUUCUCGUAAACUGAAUCUGAUGGGUCAUCUGAUGCACAUGCGACGUCAACGUGAGAAAGUCGUACAAACUGUGGAACAGUACAUUCUGUGCCAUGAGACAAUUCGACAACUAAUUCGUCAUGGUAUCACACGCAUCCAUCCGAGCCUAUUUCAAAGAUACAUCAACUAUCUAUGUGAGGAACAUGUGAAUGGUAAGACAAGGAUUCAAAUGCAGUACGAGGACCUCUGCGAAUGUCAUCACAAUCCACCUUGUUCUCCACCUGGGAACUAUAUAACAUUACCGGGUUAUCAUCGUGCAAACGAGUUUAUCGUCGCUAACUGGUCGCGCGAGUGUCCAGAACUAUGGCAGUUGGUUUGGUCGCAGAACUGUCAAACUAUAGUUCUUCUCGGUGAAGAAGAUUAUUGGACGGGUAUUGAAUCCGUGGAGGAUCUAAGCAUACAACACGGGGAUAACUUCGUUCUUCUACAGAAUAAUGAAGACCAGUUAUGUGUUCGGGUGGUGUUGGUGUCACGUGUCGCUCUAGAGGCCGACUUUUGGGGUGAAGUCGAGCGGAUUCAACAGGAACGUCUCGCCUAUCACGACGCUCCAUUGCUCGUCAUAAACACAUCACGGCCUCAUACGUUCUGCAGUAAUUCGUUUCCAACGUCCUUACCGUAUACGAUCUGUGCACUAACAUCAUUAGCAUGCCAACUUGAACAACAAGGAUGUGUAGAUGUGGUGCUGUUGUUGGCCUCAUAUUCUCAUAUACAUUGCGGAUUAUGGCAGUCUAGGCACACAAGGUUCCUUCAAACGUUUGAUGAAUUGCAGAUGUACACAUGA